ACGAGGUCACACGGAGCACCUCUCGCCAUUAGCAAUGCGCACUGUGUGAGACAUGCAGACUCGACUGUGCACUGCAAACACACUCCGACCUGCUAGUGUUUUCAUACAGGUUGUGUAGCGCACUGGAGUACUAUGUAAUUACAUGUGGGCAACCCUGGGUGAUUUCAUCUAUGGUUAUUAAGACUGUCGGUCAAAAUGGCGGCUAGGCGCACAAAAGAAUCCUUAUUGUCGGACACCCAGUUCGUUUUCCCAGUCAGCGUUCACGCAAGUGGCGAGGGGAAUAGCGAACCGAUCGUCCCAGAGGACGGUGUGAACACGAGGCGGAAAGAGGGGUACAGUUUACGCGAGGACCGCAAGCGUUCCUUCGCCGAAUUCGACUGUACUGAUUCGGACCAGCCCGAGUAUCCGUACUCGGACGAAGACGGCGCGACUCCGGCCCCUCGCCCCGCUCGCUCCGUGCCGUCCCUGCUGGAUUUUUGCGGGCCGGCCGACGACAGGUCCAGCAGUAAGGUUCGAGUCCGCAAUUGGACGCAUCCCGAGACCAAGUCGCUGCUGGCCAUCUGGAGCGACCCCGAGGUCCAGGCCGAGCUGAAGAGCUCGAUCCACAACAGCUGGAUCUGGGAGCGGAUCAGUGUGCUGAUCGGCCAGCGUCACCCGGAGUUCCAGCCACCGCGCACCGCGGCGCAGUGCAAGGAAAGACUGACGUAUCUGCGGAAGCAGUACCGGAAGUCGGCCCGACUGCGGGCCCGCGGGAAAUGGCCCAAUGUUGGAAACAUUAAAAUUUAUCUGGAUGAAUUGCAUAGCGUGCUAGGGAAACGCUCUCCGGGGAAGUCGAAAUCCACAGCGCCUUCAACGGCGUCUUCAUUUAGAGCCAGAGCCACAAACUCGGCCUCGCAACCCCCGACGACACCCUCGGCCGUAAAGGCAGCCCUGGCAGCUCGGCCACAGGCCGCGGAAACGCCUGAGCUGCUUCUCCCGGAGGUUCCGGAGAGCGACUACGAUGAAAACGAGGACGACGACGAGGAGGAUGGCACCGAGGAUUUGGAGGAAACAGACGGGAACGACAUGCAGGACUUCUUCGGUCGUAACCAGUCCCAAGAAGCCGAGGAUGAUCUUCCAGCUGAAAUGCCAUCCAACCAUGACAAAAUCACUGAGCCUGGCCAUUCAUCGUACAAUCCCACCGCUGCCACCAACUUGGCCAAGACAAGCAAGAGGCCUGCCUCCUCACGGCGCAACCCUGGGCAACCCCGCGGCCGGCCGAAGGCACCCAGCGGCCCGCCGAGGGACGACCUGACCGUAGCGCAGGCCAUCACGGACUCCGUGCAGCGCUUCAUCGACCACCAGUCCCACCACCUGACCGAGCAGCACAAGCUCCUGCAGCGCUACCUCAAGUUCGAGCGGGCCAGGAUGCGCUGGGAGAUGGACAUGGAGACGCGACGGAUGAAGUGGGAGGAGGAGCGCGAGAUGCGAGAGGAGGAGCGGAGGCAGCGGCAGGAGGAGCUAGAGGCCAAGCGGGUUUCGGACAAUCGGGAGUUCAUGCUGCAGAUGGCUGUUGUCUUGGGAAACGGGGAAAGUGGGGCUGGCAAAGACAGUAACAGCUCUAAAAACUGAUACAUGUACAGCACUUGGCCCAGCUACAACUUCGUGCGACCUAACUGUACAUUUACAAUCUAUUUAUUAAUUCGACCGUUUUAUAGGGACAGGUCCACUGCCCUCUACCCGUUUGCAAUGUUUUUCUUUAAAUCAUGUUCUCUUCAGGGGUAAUUUUCAUUCCUCUUGUUUUUAUCAGUUUAAACAUGCAUGUUUAAAAACAACCACAAUUGAAAACUAGUCGGAUUUGAAAAUGUCCGCAAUGACUAGGGCUCAUGGCUUGAAACAUGCACUGGCCACUUAAUGCAUUUCGGUUCCAACGGAUCCUAUAUUAUACUGAUGUGAACAGGUGCAGUUUAAGAUGGAACAAGGUCACCCGGUGAGGUGUAAUUAACAUGCAACAGGUCACAGGGACGUCACAUCUAAACAGGGGGCAAGUUCGGGCGCGAACUAUAGUUAGGCCAGUAGUCAGUGGCUUUUAACGAUGCACAUGCGCUAUUAACACUCAAACGAUGCCAGUCGGCCUAUUUUUGUUUUAUCUCAUUGCUUCUCAAAGUUCAGCGUAGGCUGCGAUUCUCGUCGCGUACAAGGUCACUGAAAUCCCGUACACUUAUUUUCAUGUGAACGGUUCCCCCUGUAAUGAUAAAUGAAAUAUGUUAUUGGUAACCAUUGGUGUGACCAUGCCCCUGAGCCUGGUCCUAAACGGUCAACUAGACAUGUCUGACUGAACACCGUUCGAGCGCUGUUAUUCACUCUAUAGUCAACUUUAGUCGUCGCUCGAUCUUGACCUUUCAUUGGAUGACACUUUUGCAACAGCGCCAUCAUGUGGCCCGGCUCCUCUGGUGCGCGAUCCUUAAUCCAGAUUUUUUAGUCUGUCGUUUCUUCCACCGCCCCGUGCAAGAACUUCCCACACCUAGGAAGCGGACAUCGCAAUCCUCAAGUAGCUGCUGCUUUUUAUAAGACUGGUAUAGCAUUUUCGCACUCGCAUGGAAUUGCCACUUGUGAUCAGUGGCCUAGCAAGUCCUCACUGUUAAGGGGAGCCCUGUGAGGAGAAAAGUGCCGUUGGUUUUGGGAGAAUUCUGCGUUAAUCUUGGUUUAUCCAUUGUUUAUACUUGUCACCGAAUAGAGGAAAAACAAAACAGAAUCGAAACUGGGGCUUUAAAGUCAUCGAUAUUUAUUAAUAUGAAAGGGAUUUUAGGGAUGCAGUAAAAACGUUUUGUCUUAAAAUGGACCACUCUUCUUUUUUUUCUUCUUCUUCUCUUUCUUUUUUGAAGAUUACGAUGGCUUAUUCGAGGGUGUCUUCGGCACGAUAUUGGAUCAGUGGUCCAGUGAAGGAAGUUCGAGCGAAGUUGCAUAACUCAUCAAAUUGUGACCAGUGAACAUGGUCGUAUAUCCCGGGGGAUGGGGGUAUUAUAUUGCAGUGUUGUAGUACUCGGUACUCGUACUCGAGUACUA